UUGGUACAUAAUGUAAAUGUUUAUUCAGGAUUUAAAGUUGUUUAUUUAAAUCCGGGUGAUAUACUUGGAGGAUGGACAGUUUUGGAUAAGCUGGGUGAAGGUGGCUUUGGAGCUGUUUACCUUGUGAAAGAUAGCAAAGGAAAAGAAUACGCAAUGAAAACUGAAAAUAUAAACGCAGUAGCCAAAGUACUGAAAGCAGAAUAUUAUGUUUUGACAGAAUUGAAGAAAGCGAAAGCGAAGCAUUUUUGUGAGAUAUUGGAUAGCGGUUUAGCUGGCGACAAUAAAUACGUGGUAAUGACUCUUGUUGGACAAACACUUACGGAUUUGCGGAAGCAUGAUCCAUCUGAGAAGAUACAGAAAUUCACUCUUGGAUGUGCACUUUCAAUCGGCAAGAAAUGUAUAGAAGCUAUUGAAGAACUUCAUGGUAUAGGCUAUUUGCAUCGUGAUAUAAAACCUGGUAAUUUCGCAAUUGGUCGCAAAAAUCUGCGCCAAAUUUAUUUACUUGAUUUUGGCAUGUGCCGAAAAUAUCUCAACAAGCAAUCGACUGUACGUAACCCACGAAGAGCAGCUGGUUUUCGUGGUACUAUUAGGUUUGGCUAG